GCCAAAAAACUGCUGAUAUAGCUUCAUUCAUACGGUUAGACGUUAAAAUAUCCCAGUCAAAUAACAAUCGAUUUUACCUAUCCUGAUUGGAUUUAAAAGACUCAGGCGCACUACUUGAGAGAACAUGGAUUCUACGGAUUUCUCGAACUUGAACUUCGCCGGCCUCGACAGCAACCUGGUGCAAGCGACCCUUGCCUCGAUAAGCAGCAACACAAUCACACCUAUCAUAAAGGAAGAGCUGAAACUCAAGAUCCAGUCCAAGAGGCUUGCCUCGGGCAAGGAGGAGCUCCCGAAACCCAUCUUCAAGGAGCCCGAAAAGUAUGAGAUGACACCGGAAGAGACUGAAAAACGGCUACAUAAGCGUGAGCUCAAUCGGGUUGCGGCCCAGAAGUGCCGCAAUAAGCGAAAACUGCAGCAUGAAAGUGUGAAAACUAUUCAAGCUGAGCUUGAACUCCGGAAUUUCACGUUAAAAAGAAAAGUAGAAGAAUUAGAAAAAGAAAAACAGAUUUUGAUUAAACAACUUAUGGGACAACAAAUAAGCGCUAUCCAUUCGAACACGCCGUAUCAGGAGUUUAUAAAAGACGCAGACCUUAUUGUGGAACAUGAUUCGGCGUGCAUGAAUCCAACAGAUCAACCAUCGACCUCCUCUGGUAUUUUCCGACAGGACUGCCCUCACCGACGCUUCUCGGAGGAAUUUGUCCGCCCACCACCACCGCCAUAUUCCUACUUGCUAAGAAGAUACAGUGCGGAUGUGCCAACGCUCCAGACAGCUCAUCCAAACGAAAAUCAUCAAUUCUUCACUCAGUCUGCAAUUCCAGUAUCAGGAGUUCGACCUUUUUACAUGUCGAUUAACACUUGUAAUGUUGGUUAUCCAAACGGGGAACCUGAGUUUGAAUGUCCUGUUACUGAAGUGGUUCCUUUACAGGUCGAACAAACAUCAAUCAAGGAUGCAUUACAGCUCACAUGUGAACUGUUUGACAUUCCGAACUCCGACAAUAGCGCUGCAGGCGACCUAGUGCCAACAGACGGCAAGCAAAACAUAUCGUUUCCAAGCUAUCACUAUGAAGACGACUUACCAGAUUUUCUCGAUGAGGAUGUUGACUAUUCUUUAAAUUGUGAUGUACAUCGCUUGUCGCCUCGCUCGACUCGCCUUGUGUGUGAAUCAACCGAAAUGAAGGAUAAGACCACCAGAGAUGUAGGCAAAGAAGCAGAGACACCAGAGGAUCUUUUCGAACUUUUUUUUCGCGGGGAAGACGAAGCCACCGUCCCUGGUGGUAACACAACCCGCGUCGACCCUGUCUCACCAUCGCUUUAUUAAGCCAAUUGGGUUCUUAGAUAUAAACCUAUACAAUGAAUCUGAUAAUGGCAUCGAUUUGUAUAAGGGUAUCAUUUAUAUUGGCAGUGUUAUGGGUAGUUUCAAAGUAAGAUCUUAUUAGGUUUAAUACUUAAACCAGGCAUUAAUAAUAAUCAUGAGGCUAAUGAUUUUUAUACGCGUGUUUGACUUUGGUAAUUUCCAAACUUAUACUAUUGGAAACUGUUUACUUGUUUAAUUUCAUUUUCAUUCCAAAUUCGAAUACUAAUACCCGUUGACCAAUCAUCAAAAUUUGAAUUUCUUUCAUUCUUUUUAUUUCCUUUUUAUUUUUCUGUAUUAUCAUGAACUUUGUAUCAACUGUAUUUCUCUGUAUGCUAUUUGUGUCCGUGGCGGAUCAUUUUUGUUAAAUCUAUUCAGUACAUUUUGUUCGCACUUCAUAUACGUAUGUUUGUUUUAUUGCGAUGUUUAUCGAUAUGUAAUAUAUUUCAUAAUGUAUUUUCGUAAAUUAGAUGGCAUCAAGGUUAUAAUACAUGUAUAUAGCUUGUGACUAUAAAGGUUAUAUCAUAUUGUGUAAAAUAGUUAUGCCUUUGUUGUACAAUAUAUUUUAGAACUGUAUGUAUGAUCCAUUCCAUUAUUGCAUUAGCAGGGCAUGAUUUUCAGAGGGCGUUGCUUCUAUUAGUGGAUGUUGAUUUAAUUAAAAAAAAUAUUGUUUAGUUGAAAAAAUUAUUUUAUCAUAUUUUUGGUAUCACAUACAAUCAGUAUACUUUUUGUUUGUUUUUUUAUUUAACAGCGCUUUUGACCCAUAAACAAUUAUAUUAUAAAGAAAUAUUAUAUUAUAUACUGUCGGAUAUCGUUUAUUGUUAAGAAUUCGGAAUCUAUAGUCUUUCGGAUUAUAGAAAUUACUGUAUAUAAACGUUACAAAUCAUUUAAAUUAAAAAAGUUUAUCUUUCAGUUUUAACAAUGGAAGCAUGAAACAAUUAUUGAAAAAUCCACACGUCUGGAAUACUAGUAGUUUUGACAUUGAGAAUUAAAAUAAAUCGCGUUUGAUCAUGCAUUUAAUGGUUUUCAUUAAGUAUCUAAGCAUUGAACAUUACACUGAGAAAAUUUUGUAAAUACGUUCAUGACAUUAUAAUGUUACAUACUCCUUCCUUAUAUACCUUCACAUAUUCAUACAAAUAUGUUUCUUCACGUUAACAUGUAUACAUUAUAUGUGUUGGUAUAUUGACAUCGGUGCAAGUUGAUUAUUCGAUUUUUCUUUGUACUUUUUCACUUUCAACUUAUUGCUCUUCAAAAAUAUCAUCAUUAUAUCUACAACAUUUUAACUAUUCAUUCACAUCUAGUAACCAAUAUUUAUAUCUACCUCCACCAAAUCUGUGUCUAUGUGGAAUUUUGUCCAUAGACGCCUUGUUAUCAAAGCAUGCAUCAUGAUCCAUAAAUCAUAUGUGAUUCUUAAGUAGCUCAUUCGCCAUUAUCUCUCGGAGCGGAAAUAAAUUACUUGAACCAAACAUGUUACUGUGAAUUCCCAUACAGUGACGAGGGAGGUACCUCGUGUAUUUGUAUAAUAUAUUGGACGUUAUAUGUUAAGUUUAUUGAAAACAAAGAUUAUGAAUAGCUAAGGGCUAUGCGUUGUGCUCACCGAAAUCUGUAGUCAAUAUUUCAAAACCACAGGCUGUGUUCAAAUAAAUAUUUUUUACGUCUAUGUACGUGUAUAUCCGGUGAGUGACGUGAAGUUUUCAAAAGUAUACCUGUUGUUCAUUUUGUCUUACAAAUUAGAAAUGCGUUGUGUUUAAGGCAAUAUUUACUACAUUUAUAUAGAAGUGGGGUUUAUGCAUCAACUGUGUAUUGUUGUGUUUUUUCAUAGUGCUCACUAAAUGGUGCUAACUUUAAAGUGCUAACUCAAAGACUAGGUCUUUAAUUGUAGACCCCCAACCAUUAGAUAUGCAAUACUAGUCUAUAGAGGAAGUAACAAUAUGAACCAGGGAACUCAUACAUGAAGGUCUGUUCUUCCAGGCUCACACAUGCAAUUAAUUUUACUGAUGCAAGAAUGUGAAUCUUGUCGUCACUUUGCAUUUGAUGAUAUUUUCUUGUUGAUUUUAUACCAGGUUUAUAAAUGAGUGUUUUAUAAAGAAUGCUUCGUAGCAUUAUUUUGGUAUUUGUGUUUUUACUAUAUUGCCACGUAUUGAUGUCUUUGUAAACAAUGUAGUCAACUGUUUUAUCGUUUUGAACAUUGUCUAUGCGUCCAUGUUACAUGUUAUAAAUAUUAUUG